UGCCAACUCGUUGCAAUUUGUGUCAGAAAAGUUGUCGGCAAAGUUGACGUGGCCGCGAAUGACCGCAUAAAAUAUACGCAUAUUUCAUCACUUGCAGCUGUAUUUUAUUGGUGUUGCUAUUUAAACGCACUUAAACGAAAAUUGCAGAAGUGAGAAACGAGAAAUCGAAGAAAAUACAUUUUAAUUGGUGUUAAAUAGGCGUAAAAAUGAGUCUUGUGUGGACUUUGAUCGCCACUUUUCUGUACGCAGAAAUUAUAGUGGUUUUGCUGCUGGUGCUCCCCAUCGCCAGUCCGUACAAAUGGAGCCGAUUCUUCAAAUCUAAAUUCCUGGCCAUGUUGGCACAGCAGGCGCAUCUCUACUUCUUCCUUAUUAUGGGUGUGUUAGUGCUGUUCCUUCUGGAAGCAAUUCGUGAGAUGCGCAAGUAUUCCAGCCACGAGAACACUGGUGAGGUGCAUCUGAACGUGGAGAUGCAGCACAGUAUGCGUCUCUUCCGUGCUCAGCGCAACUUUUACAUUUCCGGCUUUGCGAUUUUCCUGGUCUUGGUCAUUCGCCGGCUGGUCACACUGAUCUCGGCACAGGCAAGUCUGCUGGCCCAGAGCGAGGCUUCCAUGAAGCAGGCCCAGAGCGCCACUGACCGCGCCCGUUCCCUGAUGGCCGUGCAGAAGACGGACACGGCUAAGGAAGCUACCGAAGACACAACUCUGAAUGAGCUCAACAAGCUGAAGGAACGCGUCCAGGAGCUGACCGCCGACUUGAACCGCGAGAAGAAGGACAAGGAAGCAGUCAAGUCGCAGGCUGAGAGCAUUAACCGUGAAUACGAUCGCCUCACCGAGGAGUACAGCAAACUGCAGAAACAGAUCACCAUUGGAGCGGCUGGCACCAAGGAUGAUUAAGCGAGGCGAAAAAUAAAUAUUUAUAAAAUGAUAAGACUUAAACUUGGCGGUGGGGGCAAAGGCAGCAAAUGCAAAAUCUUUAAAGAUUAAAAGAAAGAUUAUAAACUAUCAAAUCGAAAACAUACAAGUACAUUAAACACUUUAUUCUCAUAGAUAACAUUUCUAAAUAGUAAUUCUCUCACGUCCCAAGUUGUAUUUUGUACACUUUGCUUUAUUGCGUAAAUGUUACUUUUUUGUUUGCCGCAGUUUCAGUUGGCGACUCAAUAAAUAACUCAAUAACUUAUU